AUGAACGACGACCUUGCUGAAGCUUACGACCAGGUCACCAAUGCACCUCACCAGGCGAGCAUUUCUCAUGAGUUGCUCGCUGCUGCCGCUUCUUACGAGGCAAUGAAAGCAUACAAUGAUCACUGCGAGAAGAAUGGCAAGCCUGAAAGCUACGACACUGCCAAGGAGAUCAU